AUGAACCGUUUGCGUGCUGCUACUGCCAGCACCCCCUGGCUGGUCUCCCUGCUGGCUUGCGUUCUGUUCAUUAUUGCAACCCUCGUACACGCCCACAUUUCUCCACAGCAGCAACUCCAACCGCGCCAGCCUAUCGCUCGUCCUGCUGCCGUCACACCGUUGCCAAGCUCAUUCCAAGAUGCAAAGCCUCUACCUCAACAUGUCCCUCAUCCGUCUCAACCCCAUGUCUUUGGUCGUCAGGCUGAAUCCAGCACUCCCUCUCCUGCUACCACCACUUACUCAGAACUUCCCACAGCCGCCAUCACCAUCGAUGGUCAACCACCGCUCACAUCCGCCAGCGACCCUCUGCUCGCUCUCAUGCCCGACUUUGCCUUUAGCAUGCCUGCCCAGAUCGUCGUUGACGGCAUCAACAUUGCGCUCAUCUCGGUGCUUCUCAUCCACCUUCUCUUCACCGUCCAGUACCAUUUCCCCCUCAGCCGAAAAAACUUUUACCUUCAGAUCUCGAGCUCACUCAUGCUCCUCAUCAGCUUGAGCGUCACUCUGCACAUUGUCCUCACACAACUUGAAUCCGAAUCGCAACGUUAUCCGUUCAUGUUUCCUUACAUCGGCAUUCAGCUACCACCAGGUGACGAUUCAUGGACCAAACUGCAGGAGGUCUUCUUCCUCCUCAUGCGCGCCAUCACCACUGCGCUAAUCCACAUCACCCACAUCCAGUUCCUCACCCUCCUCUUCCCCUCGGCGCUCGAAGCUCGUCUCAUCCUUUGGAUGCUCGGUCCGUUAGCCAUCAUCAACUCGGGCAUGGAAUUCACUGGCCUUGCCGAUGACAGCGAUGCAAAAACCAACGAUCUCGGCGAUGCCAUUCGCAACAUCUGCAACAGCACUUUGACCCUUCUCUACACAACCGCCUUGCUCAUAUGGGGUCUUCUUGUCAACCGACGGCGAGCCUGGCGCGCUGGCGGUGGCACCGCUGCAUUUGGCGGUGGCUCGGUCGGCCUUGCCCUUAUCAACACAGCCAUUAGCUUCACCGAAAUCAAGUACGACCGUCUCUGGUGGCUUCCCAACGUCUGUUGGACGCUCACCAUCUGGCAAAGUUGGCUCGGUUUCUGGUGGUGGGUCAGCAGUGGAAUGGGUAUCGGCGAGGUCGAGGAUCGUCAGGAACGCCUCGAACGUAAGCGCAAACGCGAAGAGCGCAAGCGGCGCAAGCUCGAGAAGCAGAAGCACAAGCUUUCCAUGCUCGAAGCUGCCGAGCUCAACAACGUCGAAGCACACAGCUCGCAGCACGAUUCCAGCUCCAUCCCUGGCUUCAGCGGCUUUCGCCGACGCAUCAAGGAUCGUCUUGUAGGCGAGCCCAACGCAUCCGGUACCCUCACGCGUCGCCAUCGUCGUCAUACCACAUCCGCUGACGGUAUCGAGCAUGACAGCGCCUCACCAAGUACCAAUAGCGGCUCCGCAAUCGACGCCACUGACCUCAACCAGAUCCGUGUUGCCACGCACGAUCAACGCGAAGUCGGCCAGACGCGCGACGCUUCCCCACAUGGUGCACCUCUCACCGAGAUUGCCAUACACAAACCACGCGACGGCGGCGACCAGGAUGCGGACGCAGCCAACGAGCGCGAUGCAGAUGCUGAAGCUGACGCUGAUGCUGUCAACAUUGACGAUGGCAGAACCACCGCUGGAACAGGCUCCGGUUCAAGCGAUACCAAUCCCACCUCCUCAUCUGCGCCCGGCUGGAUCUCAACCGCCGCACAACGCUUCGUGGACAACCAGCCCAACUUUAUCAAGGCUCGCUUCCGUCGCUUGCGUCUGGCGCACAUGGCAGCUGCGCGUCGUGCUGCAUAUCAGCAGACGGCGCUGCGUGAGCAGGUGCUCAAUUCUUCGCGGACAACCGGUCCCGGUCUGCGUCACAUGAUGUUUGAUCGACCCAGCUCAACACGAACGGGCAUGAACAGCAGCACUGACAUGAACGCUGCACCUGAGCUCUCAUCAACGCUCGGCCGUUCAGCUUCGCUGGGCACAAAGCCCACCCAAGACACCGAGACCGUCUCGACUGCCUCUUCGCUCGGCGCUACUCGUGAACCAAGAAGUCAGAGCACUGACCCUGAGGAUCUGCCUCAGCAUCGUAGCUCUACAAAUACGCGCAACUCGGCCGCCCUAGCCUCUCUUCGCCAAGGACGCAUCAACGAAGAUGAAGUCGACGAGCUAGAAGGGGAAGAGUCACCUACCCUGCGAGCCACAUCCCAGAACCGCUCGCCUGUCAGGCAAACUUGGCGUCCGACCAAUCUCAGGUCAGGAUCGCCCGCUUCAAACCGCGCUGCGUCGUCUUUGGCCCAGGGAGCCGUAGUUACCGAGGCGGGGACCACCAACAUGACUGCCCGCAAUCGUGUGUCGCGACCGGAGCUUGCUUCGCCAAGCGUCACUGCAGGCACCAGAGAUGACGACUGGGAAGAUGUCGAAACGUCGGCUCCAGUCGGACGCGCCGAAACCGCUGCAUCCACGCAGAAUCCUCGGCGUUCCACCUCGCGCAAUCCAAGGGACCAUGACAGUGAUGACGAGGACGCAGGCGAUCCGAGCUGGUUCUGGCGCGGCGGUCUUCGUCAAAUGCGUUUGCGAGAUCGCACCACUUACGAUUGA